AUGAGCCAGGUCACUUAUCGAGAUGGUGUUGCCAUCCUUCAGCUCAUCUUCUUCGUCGCUUAUCUUGGGUGCGCUCUCCUGCUUUGCAUGAAACACGGGUUCAGGAGGAGUUCUGGUUGGGUGAUUCUCAUCACCUUCUCUCUGUUACGUGUUAUUGGUGCCAGUUUCCAAUUAGCCACCAUACACUACCCAUCGCGUUCGGUUUACGGCGGUGCUCUCAUCUGUGAUGCCAUUGGUAUCUCACCUUUGACCGUCUUGAACCUCGGCUUGCUUGCUAGAGUAAACCGCUUUGUGCCCCGCAAAAUGAACCAAAAGUUAUUCGGCAUCCUCAGCAUCGCAUCCCUUGUCGCCGUCUCACUGGGUAUCCACGGCGGCACCAAGGUAGCCCAGUCAAGCAACCCCUUCAAACCCAACAGCGAGGUUAAGGCCGCUGUGUGCAUCUUCACAGCCAUCUACGUGAUCGCUGUCGGCAUCUUUCUGAUGCUUCUUAACCAGCGCUCUACUAUCCCGGGCCCCGAGAUGCGGCUGCUCUACUGCUUCGCCGCCUGUGCGCCUUUUGUCGUUGUCCGUCUCGCCUACGCCCUGAUUGCCGACUUCUCGGGCGAUAAGAAGUUCAACGCCUUUUCGGGCAACACCACCAUCUACUUGUGCAUGUCGGCGCUCAUGGAGAUCAUCGCGGUCGCUUUCUGCGUCGUGACAGGCCUGACUCUGAGGAAAUUGCCGGCCGAGUUUGCGCAAGACCAGCAGAGAUCGGUAGAGGAGGGGAAGGUUAGGCAGACGUCACACAGCUACCCUGUCGAGCAACAGUAG